CAGCUGCUACUGGGAGAGAAAAGGGGGGGGGGGACGAGUGAGAGAGAAAGGGAUCGGAGAGCACGGAUCUGGAGAUCCCGUAUAAACAGGAGGUUUGGAAAGAAGGAAAACUUUUUCUGUAUUUUUUUUUAAUUCGGAGAAAAGAAGAGGGGAUUGAACCAGAAGGGAUUGGUUUAUUCUCGCACCGGAGCUGUUGCGUUUGUUUUCUGGGUUUGUGUGUGGGGGCAAGACGCCGCCGCGGUCUCUCCGGCUUGCCGAGCCAGAGGAUUAGAGCUCGCCGGUCGGUGUUCGGGGGGGACCCGGGGAAGCGCAGCGGAGAGCCGGCGGCCCCCGGGCUGGAUGCGCCUGGCCUGCCCCUCCCCAGCGGCUCGCUAUGGGGGAGACCAAGAUCAUCUACCACAUCGACGACCAGGAGACCCCGUACCUGGUCAAGCUGCCCAUCCCCGCCGACAGGGUCACUUUGGCAGACUUCAAAAAUGUCCUCAAUAAACCCAGCUACAAGUUUUUCUUCAAAUCUAUGGACGACGAUUUUGGGGUGGUGAAGGAGGAGAUCUCGGAUGACAACGCCAAGCUGCCCUGUUUCAACGGCCGGGUUGUGUCCUGGGUGAGUGGCGUGCCCCACCCCCUCCUCUCUGGGGUCCCGUCCGCUCGCAGCGGGGUGACCCUGCAGACCCUCUUCCGCUGCCACUUUGGGGGUGGGGGGUGGGGAGCCCAGGGCUGGGAGUGCAGGGCCUUCCAUCGCUGCUGGCCAGGGAGUGGGGUUCCCCGGGGGCGUGGGUUCAGCAGCUCCACAGAGCAGAGUAGCUCCUCACGGCUCAUGAGACGACACCGCCGCCGGCGCCGGAAACCCAAGGCACCACGCAUGGAGAGGUCCUCCUCGUUCAGCAGUAUCACGGACUCCACCAUGUCUCUCAACAUCAUCACUGUCACUUUAAACAUGGAGAAAUACAAUUUCCUGGGCAUCAGCAUUGUGGGCCAGAGUAACGAGCGUGGAGAUGGGGGCAUCUACAUCGGCUCCAUCAUGAAGGGGGGCGCUGUGGCGGCGGAUGGGAGGAUAGAGCCAGGAGACAUGCUGUUGCAGGUGAACGAUAUCAACUUCGAGAACAUGAGUAACGAUGAUGCAGUGAGAGUGCUGCGGGAGAUCGUGCACAAACCAGGACCCAUCACUCUGACUGUGGCCAAGUGCUGGGACCCCAAUCCAAGAGGCUGCUUCACCCUGCCCAGGAGCGAGCCGAUCCGGCCCAUAGACCCCGCAGCCUGGGUGUCCCACACGGCGGCGAUGACGGGGGGUUACCCGGUGUACGGUAUGAGCCCUUCCAUGAGCACCAUCACCUCCACCAGCUCCUCCAUCACCAGCUCCAUCCCAGAGACCGAGCGCUUCGACGAUUUCCACCUGUCCAUCCACAGCGACAUGGCCACUGUUGCCAAGGCGAUGGCCUCUCCCGAGUCCGGCCUGGAGGUGCGAGACAGGAUGUGGCUGAAGAUCACCAUCCCCAACGCCUUCAUAGGCUCCGAUGUGGUAGACUGGCUCUAUCACCAUGUGGAGGGUUUCACAGACCGACGGGAGGCGAGGAAAUACGCCAGCAACCUGCUGAAGGCCGGCUACAUCCGGCACACCGUCAACAAGAUCACCUUCUCCGAGCAGUGCUACUACAUCUUCGGGGAUCUGUGUGGCAACAUGGCCAAUCUCUCUCUCCACGACCACGAUGGUUCCAGUGGGGCGUCGGACCAGGACACCCUGGCCCCCCUGCCCCAUCCCGGGGCAGCCCCGUGGCCCCUGGCCUUCCCUUACCAGUACCCCGUCCCCCAUCCCUACAACCCUCACCCCCUGCAUGACCCAGCCUUCAGCUAUGGGGGCGGAGGGGGUAGCGCCGGCUCCCAGCACAGCGAAGGGAGUCGCAGCAGCGGCUCUAACCGCAGUGGCAGCGAGCAGCGCCGCAAGGAGAAGGAGGGGGCGGGGCCGGCGAAGGCAGGCGGGGCCAGCGAGCCCAAGUCGGGAGGCAGCGGGAGCGAGUCAGAUCACACCACGCGCAGCACGACAGUCCGGCGGGAGAGGGCGCCCAGCGAGCGCUCGGCGGCGCCCCCCAGUGAGCACAGCGUGCGCAGCGGCCACAGCCUGCGCAGUUCGCACAGCCAUGCCUACGGCCCCCCUGGCCUGCCGCCCCCGUCCUUCCCCCAGCCCCCCAUGGGCCUGAUGGGAUCUUCCGCCGCUCCCCCUGGCGCCCCACCCAGCCGCGACCUGGGCUCCGUGCCGCCCGAGCUGACCGCCAGCCGCCAGUCCUUCCGCAUGGCCAUGGGCAACCCCAGCGAGUUCUUCGUCGACGUCAUGUGACCGCACGCCGUCCAAACAGUCCAAACAGCAGCGGACUGCUGCGCUAGGGGAGAGUGUGGGGGGUUGUUAAUUAGUUAACGAGACGAGGAAAGGUUUUCUCUCCUUCCUCUUCCUCCUCCCCUCCAGGCACGCCGGCGCCAGCUCGUUUCUUCAGUGAAGAAGGUAGGCGCUGGCUUUCUUGACGCCUGCCGGUCGGUUCUGCCUUAGCGCAUUAACUGAGGCCUCAAGUGCUCAUGGGAAGGGGGAGAGGAAGGAACUCGAACCUGAAACCGCUUGCUUGCUGUUUUCUGUUGUUGGAGACGGGGCUCCAACAACACCAUUGCUCUGCUUAUAGGUCCCACGUUUCCGGGGGCUGCAGGAACUGAUCAUUCCAUUAUUCCGUUGUUGGGAUAGUGUUUUUGGGAGGGGGUAGGAAUGACUCUGACACCCUGGAGGAGCAGUUGCCCGCCUCUGUAGUGAAACUGAUUUGCCUGGUCAAGACAGAGGAGGACUGUGUUUUAAACUGCCCUUGUUGUUCCUCAUUAAAUGAAAAACCGGUUUGAAUUAAGAUGGUAAUGUUCACUUGAUUUGUUGGAUUGUAAGAACCCAGCAGCUGAUCAAUGGCCCGACUCUUCGUGGCGCUCGAAUCAUCACUUCCUGCAGCUCUGGGCUCCUCUCCGGUCCGGAUUUCCCUUCUCUUUCAGAAUGAACUGAACCAGUAGCUGCAGGACCCUGAGGAGGAGGAGAACUGUCCCCCCCCACUGCUUCCCUCAUGGUCUCGUACUGUCUGGAUGAACUAACUGCGUAACAAACAAAAACAAAGUACACUAACGCAGAGACUGAGAGAAGGUGUUUUUACUUUGGUUUUCAUUAUUGAAGGGGAGAAAGAGAGAGUCAUAGAUGGACAUGGGCUCUUAAGAUGGGGUGCGGGGGAUCCCAGAAUUUUUUUCUGACAGGCUAACCACCUGGCAAGCGGAGAGUUUGUGUUUUUUCCAUGAAAGGGGGUGCAGCGUUUUCACCUGAACGAUUUGCCCUGAUUGGGUUACUGAAGAGCCAGGGUCUCUGCUGUUACUCCUUGAAAACUCUAGGGCUUUGUUUUUUUUCACCCCAGAUCUGUUACUCUCAUUAACCUGUUGCGUUAAGUGGACAGAAUUAGUAUGAGCUUUUGGCCCCUGGACGACGAUUUCUGGUUUGGGGUAGUCUGAAAAUAGUGGUAUCGAGUUCAGUUUUCUGUAUCCAGGUACAAUUUCAUAAAAAUUGGUGGUCAGGUGCUCUUUCCAGUCCUCUCGCUCUCCGAUUUGUAUUUUUCCCCUGGAUCGCUGAAUCUCAGUCCCAGGUGUUCUCUUGCUGCCCGGCACCAGCAGAGACACCCCAUUGCGGCGGCUGCCAUGGGAACGGCGGUGCACGGGUUCCGGGCGUCAUCAGUCGAGCAGGUGAUGGAUGUUCCGGGGUGACCGCGGCGGCCUGCAGGUCAGCGUGGGGGCGGCUGGAGCUCCCGUCGGGAGCACACGCCCUCAGCGCCUCGCAGCGGUUCGCUGGCGAUUGAUUCUCGCUUUCGAUUGUGCCGCGUUCCCUUCGCGCCUGCUUCGACCCGGUGGUAUGGUUUCUGAGCUGUAAGCACAAGAAUCUGCGACGAACCUAGCCGCCUCUCUGUACCCUCCUUGAGCUGCUGAUGCCGUUCAGCCUUAUUCGCCAUUUCGGCUCGGAGCGGACGGGCGACGCUGAGCGCUGGUCCCUGCGCCAGCUGGACUCCUGGUUUCGCCCAGGGCGGGCUGCCUCUCCAUUUGAAUCGGAUUGUCCCUUUCUUAAAUAAUAGGAGACGUUCCUACAACCUCUUCCCUGCGGAAGGCAGCGCAGUGUGUCCAAAUUGUUUCCUCACGGCUGGGAUCCAGGAUCCUUGUUAAGCGGCGUCUGUGCUUGAGGUCCGAUGCUGGGGGGAAAAAAGACCCUGUCUGAGGGUCUCUUUCUCUCCUUUACAUUUCAGCGUUUUUUUAUUUUUCUCUUUUCUAACGUUAACACCCUGUAUACUUUACAAGGCUUAAUGUUUCAUUGUAACUUUGUAAACUUAUUUUCAUUUUUAAUUUUUUUUUCCUCCGAGUACCUUUAUACCUACAGUUUUUAAUUAGCAACUGAUAAUGUAUAGUGAUGAACGGUUCAGUUUCAUACACGCUGUACUGUACGCGGUUUUAUGAAAAAUUGUUUUUAUUUAUAAACAUAGUUUUAUUGCCUAAA